UUGAAUCUGUAUCGAUAUAAAUAGUAGCAAUGCUCUACUCGCAGCGGCCAAUAAUUAUCGCGUCAAAUGAUCUACAGCAUUGUUGCCUGGUGGUAUGGAUUUAACAAGCUGAAACAAUUUAUAGAUUUCGUUGAAUGAAUAUGAUUCGACAAUUGAACACCUUAAUUGAAUAGAAAUAUUGAAGAUUUAAGAACAAUUCGUGAAUGCGCAUUUAUGUUAUUGCAAUGCAGUUUAGUUGUGUAUGUGUGUAAGGAUGUUUUAAACGCAAACAAUAUUGUGAAAUUUGCUUUUAAAAUAUUACUAGAGGUGCAUUUGGUAACGCUUAAGAAUUAAAUAUAGUAAACUGUAUAAAUUGUAUUUAAGUAAAGAGGGAAUGUUGUGCUACGGAUUUAUUAAUGUGUCGAUAUAUUUAAAAUAGACAACGGAGUAAAUUCGUUGACAGAUAAAGUUAUUGUGACGCCGAAAAAAGUCUACUCCACGGAAGAGAACACCGGGCUUUAUACGACUGGAUUUGUGUGGACCGGAUGUGUGCGACCACUUUCACAAUUAUACCAGAGAUAUAUAUGGUUAAAAUGUAUCGAAGCCUGCGUUGAAACUAUCGGGAUAUCAAACAAUCUCAGGAGAUAUUCGUUACUUUACAACAUCCAUUUGAAGACUAGUUGAAGUAUGCAGAGCAAGCAAAAGACAAACUAAUUAACACACAUAUACGGUGCUUUCUAGCGUUUGAAAUCCUUAAAUUUCGGUUGUUUGUCAAUAAAAUCGUCUUCCAUUAUUCCUGUUCAUAUCACGGUAGUAAGGUAGAAACGAUUAACAUCGGGUGAAUAAUACCUUUAUACUUAAGAAAUAACAAAGUAAAAACGGGAUUAUAUUGGACUUGUUCUUCAUUCAUUGCACAUCAUUUUUUUUAGAAUAUAUGUGUGUAUAUUUGCGAUAGUCUUGCGUCUCUUAACUAUUACACACUAAUGACGACUGUUAAUGCAACAAGAACUGUCUAGUGAUUAGAACUAUCAGUGUUAAUUUAUAAAAUUAUCAAAGCUGCAUGAGAUAAAGGAUUCUUGUUUAAUUAUUUAAGAUAACUACGUGAAAAUGUGCGCAUCAAAUUGAUAAAUUCCAAGGUGACGAUGAACUCUUACGAGACCCGUUUUAUGCGAAACGUAGUAGAUGAAAAUGUAAGCUUAUUUUAACGGUACAGUGGUUAUGCUGGUUUCUAAUUGUCUACAGUGCGAUCCAGAAAUCGACAUAGUAUGAACAACAGCUAUCGUGUGUAUAAAUCGAAAGUGUGAUACAUAUUCGAAAAAUGUGUGCCUUAAACAGAUAAAAAUCACAGGACAAAAAAUAAUGGCUACAGUGACGUACAGUUCUGUGUUCAGUGUGGCAGAUAUGGAUUCAAACGUCAACACAUCGAUUGCUGACGUCGACGUUGAGAACGUCACGGUCACGUCUACGCUUAGUGCGUGUCCGGGCAUGGAAAACACGACGACACCAGGGUACUGUCCAGCGAUGGGCGACAGUUUUAUCUGCUGGCCAGAGACGGCGGUGAACACAACGGCUGCUGUAAAGCACUACUGUCCCAUUAAGCACACCAUAGAAAUAGCAUAUCGAUAUUGCCCUGAAAAUGGAAAUUGGUCGACAGAGAAAUCAAACUAUAACAACUGUUUGACCGGAAAUCCGGAACAGGAAGGAAUAUACCUAGACCAGACCGUUGCCGCUUGGAUACGAGACAUUAUCUUCAUUUUGAGCUCCAUAUCCCUUGUACUUCUGGUUAUUACAUUAUUUAUCUUCAUGUACUUCAGAUCCCUCCACUGCAACCGUAUAACCAUCCACAAGCACCUUGUAGUCUCGUUCAUUUUGCGGUUCAUCCACAUAAUCAUCUCCACAGAGCCAUACGUGACAAAUAAUCCCAAUUCAUACAGGAAUUUUGACUGGCUGUGUAAGACGAUGACAGUGCUAGGCCAGUAUUUAAGUCUUGCCAGCAUGUUUUGGAUGUUUGUUGAGGGUUUCUAUCUACACCACAGCCUUGUUAUGGGCGUUUUUAGCACGAAAGCGCCUUUCAAAUUGUUCUACUAUAUUGGAUGGGGGUUACCAUCUCAUUUUGUCCUUGGUUGGAGUCUGAUGUUAUACUUUAAACUACAUGCUGAUUGUUGGAGAGGGUACUCGCAGGAGCCUAGCUUUUACAUUAUAUCUGUGCCAUUCAUGAUUCUUGUAGGGGUUAACCUCAUAUUCCUUGUCAACAUUAUCCGAGUUUUGGUAUCAAAGCUUCGCGCAAACAAUAAAGUAGAAUCAGCAAAACUUCGAAAAGCGAUCAAAGCCACUGUCAUCCUGAUGCCGCUUCUUGGACUUACAAACCUGUUGUUCUUCGUCAACCCAGGCAAAGGUGAUCUGGAAGUAGCUUACCGUAUAACCAACGCAGUACUGUCAUCCUCACAGGGUAUCUUUGUAUCGGUGUUCUACUGUUUUAUGAACGGCGAGGUACGUCGCGUGAUCAAACAGAAGUGGUAUCGUUUCAAACUGCAACACGGUUUAGGAGUAUCGAAUCGGCGACGAAACUCAAGGACAACAUCGUUUUUCUUAGCGUCUACGACAGAGGAUGACGAUGAACCGAACGACCACAGCGCUGCUGCGGAACAAUUGCGUCUGGUCCGAGCAAAUAUCGAACUGAAGAACGAGCUCACAAACAAUCAGGCGGCAAAAGAACAGGAGGCGCUUUCAAAUGGAACGACAGGAUAUGUACAUACCGCGGACGUAUUUGUGAAAAAGAACAAUAAUAACGGCGAUGUGCAUUUUAUGCGUUUGCCUCCUUCUGACUACUACACUCUCACUGAAAGAGAAACUGUUUUAUGAUACAACCCAGUACGUUUUAUUAACCCAUUUAUGCCUAGCGUCUAGAAAAAUGCCUUGGCAAACAGCGUAGACCCAGUUGAGACGCCGCAUGAUGGUCUGGGUCCGGGUCUGCGUUGUUUGCUUACAGGAAUUUCUGUAAGAAAUAUACUAAAUAUAGAAAUAAUUAUACUAGACAUCCCUAAUUUUGGAAAUAAAUUGAUCUAAUUUAGAAGGAUGGUAGAGUCCACUAGGCAUAAAUGGGUUACAUAAGACCCUUGAUCAUUUUGAUUUAUCAGAGUACACUAUCUUAUAAUGAUCUGACUGUGAUUAAUAUUACCGCCCAUGGGGCGUUAAUGUAUUUCAAAACAAAUAUUAGGUAUUAAUAACGUUAUAUUUUGUGAAUUUCGUCGAUCAUUUAAUGUUUCUACAAACAACCAUGCGUUUAAAUUUGCACAUAAGGUAUAUUUGUUGUUUAUCGUGUAAUUAUGAUUAGUAUAGCAGAACGUGUGUUUUUUUUUUUGAUAUGGUAAGGUACGUUUUACCCUUUAUAAUGAACCGCCGAUCUGUCGGCAAACUGCUCACAUAUUGUAUUGUUUUUCUAUUUGUAUGGCAUUUUCUGUUUCAUCGUCACAAAUGUUUUCAAACGUUUUUGCAAGUAUUUAGUAUGUAAUGUCUACAUAGUUUUGAAUAUAAUUCCAUUAUGAAAACAUCAAUCAAAUUAUUGUUGUUUUGUUUAUUGUC